GGAGCGCCUACCGGAGAAGAGCGUAGGGCCGGGGAGCUGAGACAGUCACACCGUCAGUCCGCAAACGCCACGGAGGAAACGCAACAGAGGAGCCAUGGCAGCCGGGAGAAUGCGCUCCACUCGCAAACUGCGCUCCUGGAUCGUGGAGCAGGUGAGCAGCGGAAAAUACCCGGGGGUGAUGUGGGACGACGAGGCCAAAACGAUGUUCCGCAUCCCCUGGAAACACGCAGGGAAGCAGGACUUCCGCAAGGACGAGGACGCCGCCAUAUUCAAGGCGUGGGCCGAGUUCAAGGGGAAGCUGACGGACGGGGGACAAGACAACCCGGCCUCCUGGAAGACUCGUCUGCGUUGCGCCCUCAACAAGAGCCCGGAGUUUAAGGAGGUGAAUGAACGAGCACAGCUGGACAUCUCAGAGCCGUACAAGGUGUACCGCCUCGUCCCCAUCAGCGAGCAAGGAGUGGUGGUGCCGGAGAAGAAAUGCAGAGAAAAAGUGUCCAGGAGGUCGAAGAGGAGGAGGAAGAGCAGCAGCGAGUCAGAGAGUGACGAUAGCUGCCAGGACAAACGGAUAAAGACGGAGGAGGUCAGCUCUCAGCUGUGCGUCGAAGAGGCUGUGCUGCGCAGCAUCAACUCCGUCCAGACGGAAGAACCCGUUCACUGUCCCACCAUCGUACAGACGGAUGCUGCAGUCGAUGAGAUCAGGUUGGACGUGCGGAUCGAGGAGAGCGUCCCUGCUCCUGCGGCAGUCCAGGACUCCUUCAGCGUGGCAGUUCACUAUCUAGGACAGGAAGUCCUCAGGCGUCAAAUCCAGGGCACCGACGUCCGGAUAAUGUACCGUCCCUCCUCCCUCCUUCCGCCGAUGCCGGCCGCCCUGAAAGGCAGGUUUCCGCGCAUCCCGCUGCCGGAGCCUCCCUCCACGUUGCCCGCCACUCCUCAGCUGCAGGCCUUGAACACCCUGCUUCCGUUCAUGGAGAAAGGCGUCGUGCUGACCUCCACGCCACAGGGAAUUUACGGCAAGAGGUUCUGCCAGGGGCGGGUCUUCUGGACGGGGCCGCACACGGCCACGCCGGGCCUGAACAAGAUGGAGAGGAACACGGACCCGGUGCUGCUCUUCAGCAAAGACACCUUCAAGCAGCAGCUGGACCACUUCCGUUCAAACGGCGGCGAGGCUCCUCAGUUUGGCUUCACUCUUUGCUUCGGAGAAGAACUGAGCAGCGCGGAGGACCCGUCCAGAAAACUGAUCAUUGUUCAGGUAAAGAUCACUCUGCCGUGGGCCGAACAGCAGGUCCAGAACGCUCAGUCCAUCUUCGAGUCCAUCUCCAUCCUCCAGUCUCUGGCCAGCCAGUCUCCGCUGGGAGAAAUAACCCUGAACUUGGUGACGGUGCCUUCGCCGACCCCCGAGGUGACCGCCUGCGUGACCCUCGGGGAACUUUGAGGGGCCACACUCCAAAAAUAAGAGACGUCUUCCAGUUUAACUUAGAGCACAGCAGAUAAAGAGGGGGCUGUGCGACACAUCAACAUAUUUAUCAUCAAUCAUCACCAUGUUUAUGUGACCUCAAAAUUUAAACCACCCACAGUGUCAUUAUGAUGGAGCGGAUUCAGGAGCCUCUAGUUCGGGUAUCACUCAGCCCUAAUGGAUUGCACAGAAAAAUUACCCUCAGUCUUUAUGAUAUAGAAAGUUAUUUGCUUGUGUAUGUGAUGCCGCACUUUUUACAUCUUUACAGUGAUUAUUGAAGGUUUUUUAUGAGGUAAACGCAGAUUAUGUUGUAAAAAUGAGUUGGUGUACUGGAAACACUACAUGCAAACCAACACUUUGAAGAAAUCUUAUCGAAAUGUGACACUGUUUUCAGACUGGCUUUUUUUUUUUUUUUUUCCCUUCAUCUUUUUUUCUUCAACUUUGGGCCAGUGGUUCCCAACCUGUGGGAGGUUGAGAUGCGGAUUAAGAGUUUUUUUUUUUCUGUUCACAAGCUGAACAGUUUGGAAAUGGAGCUCUGAUCAAGUGAUGACAAAUAUGUUUCUAUUACUGUACUGUAUAAAUGCCAACUUAACCAUAAACUAAAGGAAUAUAUAAAAAAAAAAAUAGUCUAACAUAGUUCAGCAGAAUAGCAGUAGUACAAGUUUUUCACACACAUCUGUUCAUGUAUCCUCUUGCCUUUAGGUUAUUAGUUGUCUUUUUAAUAGAUUAUGAAGUUUCACACUCUUGGCCCCCGAUCAGUCAGGAAAACUAAAGGUAAAACCCACCUACUUUUAGAAAUCAUGCGUCAGACACAUUUGAAUCAUUUGGUACAUGAGAAACUGGUCUAAAUUACAGUUUAUUGAAUGUAGUGUUGAAUUUGCCAAACAACAAAACAACCCACGUUAACGGUAGAAACGUCCAGGAGUAAAUAAGAGUUUGAUGAAGCUCUGAAUGUCUGGGUUUCGUUUAGAGAAAGUAACUCACGUAUGGAAGAACGAAGUAGCACAGAGUCGACGGUUCGGUGGAUUUAAAUGCAAUAAAAAGAGCCUCAACAGUCUGAACUGGUUUAGAGUUUACCGUGUCCACUUCAUAGUUAUUAUUUAGCACAGUAAAUGUUUCAGUACAUUUUAAGACAAACAAAUCAGAUUUUAAAGUUUUAAUCUACUUUGUGAGUUCGCUGAGUUUAUAAGAAACUAAAGUUGAGGUUUGUCAAAAUAAUAAUUGCUCCUUUGAGAAUAUGUUUACAAUAUGGACUCCAAGACUUUAAUAAUGUGAGUACAGAAUGUUAUUACAAUGUAAUUAUAUGUAUAUGUGCUAUGUAUAUGUUUAUAUAUUUGUAUGCUACUUACAAUUGUCAACCUGACAGAAAGGAACCAAACAAUCUGAGCUUCAACAAAUUCAUAUUUACCACCGGACUUUUGUUUCUGCUACAUGAUAAAAAGACAAAACAGGUCCAGAAACAAAAAGAAAUACAUGUAGUAGUGGAGAAGGUGAUACAGUUUGUCCUUUAAAUCAGCAGGGCUGGACCAAAAGGCACGCUCUGAUGGGGUGAGUGGGGGGAUACAAGGGAGAUGUACCAAGAUGUAAAUAUUUUGUUAUUUAUGCAUGUUUGUGUUUGUUUAGUCAAGAUAAUAAACUUCUUCCUAAACUCUG